AUGGUAGGAUAUCAAAAGAUUAGAAAGUUUAAGAAGGUUCCCAAACUAUUUCCGUAUACAAUAUGUACCAGUAAUUUUAUAGGAGUUCAUGGAAAAAAACAUAUUAGAAAUAUUAGCAAUAUUAACAAUAUUAGAAAUAUUAACAACAUUAACAAAAUAAAUAAAUUAAAUAUAAAUACAUUAAACAAUUUCUUAGAUAUUUUUGAGUUUGAAGAAAAAGGAAAUGACAAUAUAGAAUAUAGACGUCUUAAUGAUCUAAGUAAAUAUAUAGAAGUGAUAAAAUUUGAUAAUAAAAUAAAUGAAAACAGUAAAUAUUAUGAUAUAAAUUAUGAGGAUGAAAAUGAAUUUUUUGAUGAUAAUGGAAAUUUGAAAAUAAAAAAUAAUUAUGAAAAAGAAAGUAAUAAAAAUAUAAUGAAAGAAUAUAUACAUGUCCCACCAUUUGUUUUAACAAAAUUGUGUGAAUAUGCAUUAAAAGAAAUAUUAUUUUUUUUAAAUAAAAAUCAUUUAAAACAAUUACAAAAUAUAUUAAUGGAUAAAAAGUCAAGCAAAAAUGAUAAAUAUGUUUCUAUGACUUUAAUUAAAAAUGCUAUAAUAAGUUCUCAUCAAAAUUUACCAGGUUGUCAAGAUACAGGAACUGCAAUUAUUUUGGGAAAAAAAGACGAGGAAAUUUUAGUAACAUAUGAACAUAAAUAUCUUACCUUAGGGGUAUAUAAUGCUUAUAAAAAAAAUAAUUUUCGAUAUAGUCAGUUAUCUCCUAUUAACAUGUUUGAUGAAAUAAAUACUAAAAAUAAUUUACCAUGUCAAAUAGAAAUAUAUAGUAAUAUAAAAAAGAAAGAAAAUUUAAAUGAUAAAAUUAAAAAAGAUCCAAAAUAUGAAUUAAUUUUUAUUGCAAAAGGAGGGGGAAGUGCAAACAAAACUUUUCUAUUCCAACAAACAAAAAGUAUAUUAAAUGAAGAUAAAUUAUAUGAAUUUUUAUUAGAUAAAAUAAAAGAAAUUGGGACAUCUGCAUGUCCACCAUAUCAUUUAGCUAUCGUUAUAGGUGGGUUAUCACCAGAAAUGAAUUUAAAAACAGUUAAAUUAGCAUCUUGUAGGUAUUUAGAUAAUUUACCAAAAGAGGGAAGUAUAUAUGGUAAAGCUUUUAGGGAUAUAAAAAGUGAAAAAAUUAUUUUAGAAAAAUCACAAAAUUUAGGAAUAGGUGCACAAUUUGGAGGAAAAUAUUUUGUACAUGAUGUUAGAGUUAUAAGGCUUCCAAGGCAUUCGGCAUCAUGUCCAAUUGGGAUAGGUGUAUCUUGUUCUGCUGAUAGACAAAUAAAAUGUAUUAUAAAUAAGAAUGGAGUAUUUGUUGAAAAGUUAGAGCAUGAACCAAUAAAAUAUCUUCCUGAAGUAACAUAUGAUAAUUUAAAAAAUGGAAUUAAUAAAAAAUUUAAAAAUUCUAAUUUAAUUUAUGAAAAUAAUAAUGAGAAAAGUAAUGGAAUAGCAAUAGAUUUAAAUCAACCUAUAGAAAAUAUAUUAAAAAUAAUUUCAAAUUAUCCUGUUUCAACAUUAUUAAUUUUAACAGGCAAAUUAAUAGUAGCUAGGGAUACUGCACAUAAAAAAAUUGUUGAUAAUUUUAUUAACAAAAAUAUAGCAAUACCAGAUUAUUUUAAAAAACAUCCUAUAUAUUAUGCAGGCCCAGCUAAAACUCCAAAUAAUUAUGCAAGUGGAUCGUUUGGGCCAACAACUGCUGGAAGAAUGGAUGCAUAUGCAGAAAUUCUUAUGAAAAACAAUGCGUCUUUAAUUUCUUUGGCAAAAGGAAAUAGAUCUUUAGUUGUUAAAAAUGCAUGCAAAAAAUAUAACGGUUUUUAUUUGGGAAGUAUUGGAGGCCCAGGUGCAAUAUUAGCUAAAAAUAAUAUUCUUAAAGUUCAAGUUAUCGAUUUUCAUGAACUUGGUAUGGAAGCAGUACAUUUAAUUGAUGUUGUUGAUUUUCCAGCUUUCAUUAUAAUUGAUAAUAAAGGAAAUGACUUUUAUAAUAAAUGGAUACCUUCUUAG